CCCUCCAUUCUUCUUCCGAUUAUCCCCCCUGACUUGACCUUGACCCGCCCUCCGUUUGAUUCCCAUAUUCCCCUCCAUCCGGCCUUCUCUCUUCUUUUGCCUCCCGCCCCUCUCCCCUCUCCCUCUCUUACAUCCUCCCCCCUCGACCCCUCGACCCCUCGAACCGCGCCCGGUGUCGGCCUCCAGCCUUGCGCCAUGGCAUACAACCAGUCCUACAACCCCGAUGCGCUCCCUGCCCAUGCCGAGCCAGAGCAGGCCGCGCAGAUGAUCGGAGCCAUGCAGUCGCAGUCGCAGUCGCAGUCGCACGCGCACGCGCACUCGCACCCGCAGUAUCCCAAACCUCGUCCUCCUCAACACUCCUCCAGCGGCCACUCGAUCGGCGGCGUGCCUCCCCGAGUGCCCGUCUCCAGCGCCGCCAGCCCCAGCCCAGCCUCAACCCCAACCCCCAGCGCUACACCCCCGUCCAGCGCCCUCACAUGUCCUCGCCCGUGAACGCUCCUCUCCCCAGCCAGCAACGCCCUCACCCCCUACACCCGUCGCCCCCGCCUCAGAACUACGGCUUCGGCCCCCCGCCCACCCAACCGGUGCGCAAU